AUGUGGGAUUAUGCAAACCACCUCAAGCAAUGUAUUGAAAGAUUUAGACUUUAUCAAAUAUGUUAUGCAUCUAUUGUAAUUAGUGACCAUAUUCGUCAUGGCUUAAUACAAAUACCAACAUUUGUACAAGAGCCACCUUCGCAUAUAAUAUUCAGUAACACAAGUGGAACACAAAUUACAUGCGUGGCUCAUGGCAAUCCAAUUCCACUCAUAACAUGGCUCGAAAAAGAUGGAACCAUCGUGAAUUCCAUACCAGGAUUAAGAAUGUUGCAGGGCAAUGGAACUCUAGAAUUUCCAUCGUUCUCAUCGCAGUUCUAUCGUUCUGAUGUCCAUGACCAAAUCUACCGAUGUCAAGCUUCUAAUCAAGCUGGUUCAAUUAUAAGUCGAAAUGUUCAUGUGAGGGCGAUUGUUAAUCAGCUCUUCGAAGUCAAAGUCGAAGGCAUCGAUGUAUAUCUCAACAAUGUAGCUUUCCUUAAAUGUGUUGUCCCAUUACACAUGCGAGAAUAUGUUGAAAUUUCAUCAUGGUAUCGAGGAGAAGAAAUCUUAACUGAUAAUAGUGAUAUUAGUGAGUAUAUUUUUUACUACCCAUUACUUAAAAGAAGGAAGCAGCAUAGCGUAAUAAAGAGUGGUCGUUUUAUCAUAACGAGUGUUCAUGGUGAUUUGUACAUAAGAAAUGUACGUCCUGACGAUGCUACAAAACGUUUCGCUUGUAUGGCUACAAACUCAUUAACUGGAGAACGAAAACUCAGUGAAGCCGUAUCUUUAUCGAUAAAAGAAACUCCUUUGAACAUGGCCCCAAAAUCAAGUCAAAAAUCGAUAAUAGAGGUGAAUGUAGACAGAGGGAAUAAAGUUCACUUGCCAUGCAAUAUUCAAGGGACAUUGCCAAUCUUUACUUGGUAUCGAUUAUCAGAUUCCGGUUCAUAUUAUGCUGUGCCAUCUUCACAAAGGAUUAUUCCAUCACAAACUCUUCUUCUUAUAAGAAAUGUUGAUGAACGAGACGCAGGCCGAUGGAUAUGCAAAGCUUCAAAUCAGUAUGGAGAGCUUAAGUUAGAAGUAAUUUUGAACGUUCAUUCGUAUCUAGCAGCUCACAUUGCUCCACAACAUCAAAUUAUAAAUUCAGGUGCUGUUGGAAUUUUCAACUGUUCGAUAUCAGGUUCAUCUGACGUUCAAAUCGAAUGGUUUCAUAAUGGAAAAUCUAUUAUAAAUAGUGAUGUGCAGGGUAGUAGCAAAUUUACACUUCUCGCAAGUAACUCAUUAAGAAUUGAUGAUGUUGGACGAGACGACAAAGGAAUUUAUCAGUGUUUGGUGUCAAAUUCUAAAGGGAGCGUACAGGCAGCUGGGGAAUUAAAGCUUGGGGAUACUUUACCCGAAAUGAUUUACCGAUUCAUUGAACAAAAUGUACGCCCAGGGCCUCAUAUUUCUUUGAAAUGUUCGGCACGCGGCUCUCCGCCACCGCAGUUUACGUGGUUGUUGGAUUCACAACCAAUCUUGGAUGUAACCUCUUUGCAUCGUUAUGCAAUGGGACAAUUCGUCGAUGUCUCAGGUGAUGUCAUUAGUCACUUGAAUAUUUCUCAUGUUCGUGCUGAUGAUGGUGGAUUAUACAAGUGUAUAGCAUCGAAUAGAAUUGGAUCAGUUCACCAUUCUGCAAGAAUGAAUGUAUUUGGCCCACCUUAUGUAAGAUCCAUUAGUCCAAUAAAAGGAAUCGCUGGUGAAGACUUGAUUGUCUUUUGUCCUUUUUCCGGAUAUCCCAUCGAAAGUAUUCGAUGGGAGAAAGCAGGAAUUGAAAUAACAUCAAAUUCUCGCUAUGUUGUUUCAAAUAUUCAACAAGGUGGAAUGUUGAAAAUCUCUCAUGUUGAUUCAACACACGAUUCUGGAAGUUACACAUGUAUUGUUAGGUCAAGAAGUGGCGAAGAGGCACGACGUGAUAUCCAAAUAAAUGUCAAUAGUCCACCAGUUAUUGAGCCUUUUCACUUUCCAAAAAGCAUACAGGAAAAUGGUCGAGCACAAAUCAGUUGUUCAGUGUCAUCUGGUGACAUGCCAGUGUACUUUACAUGGUAUAAAGACGGCUCUCCAUUGUCAAUUAGCUUACAGGUCACAGAGAAAAAAGACGAGUUUUUCUCAUUACUAGUCUUCAAAGACAUCACGGCGCGACACAGUGGGAAAUAUACUUGUUAUGCGACGAACUCUGCUGCUAAAAUAAAUUACACUGCUGAGUUGUUCGUAAAAGUUCCCCCACAAUGGUCAUUUGAACCACAGGAUACAAAUGUGAUGCUUGGCAAUCCGAUAUCAAUAAAUUGCGAGGCUAAUGGCUAUCCCCGUCCAACAAUUACAUGGUUUAAAGGGAAAAAUAAAAGCUCGAAGGAAUUUCAAGCUGUUAUGCUUAAAAAUAGCACAUUCGCUGUAAACUUCGCUACAACUGACGAUGAAGGAUUUUACAUGUGUCAAGCAAGUAACGACAUUGGCAAUGGAUUGAAGAAAAUUAUUUAUGUGAAUGUUAAUGAACCAGCACGAUUUAAUUUUGCUACGAAAAAUGUGACAUCUCGCCGCAACGAUCCCAUAAUGUUGAGUUGUCAUGCGAUGGGUGAUGAACCAUUAAAUAUUGCGUGGAGUCACAAUGGUAAUCGAAUCGAUCUAAAUAAUUACCGAAUCAGCAUUGCUGAAAUGAAGACAGAUGAAGGCGUGAAAUCACAACUUUCCAUCAGUCAUACUGAUCGACAUGAUUCGGGAAAAUACAAAUGUGUAGCCGAAAAUCGCUUUGGAAAGAGUGAACAUCUUAUUUAUUUAGCUGUUCAAGAAAGUCCCGAUGCACCAACAAAUCUAGAAGUUAUAGAAGUGAAGAGUCGAACAGUGAAACUCUCAUGGAAACGACCAUAUGAUGGCAACUCUCCAGUUCUUUCUUAUCUCGUUCAAUAUAAAUCAUUGAAGCAAAUGCAUGAUCAUCAAACAAUUCUCUCGUCAUCUGAUAAUGAAUGGAAAGGCCCACACAUUUUAAACUUUACGCUGCCAUCAAUUGAUAUUGCUAUAAGCUUUGAUGGCAUGCAGCGAGAACAAGCGACUGUCGGCGGUCUUCAUCCAGCUACGACUUAUUUAAUGAGAAUGCUUGUUGUGAAUGAGAUUGCAAGAAGUCCUUAUACCGAUCCAAUCGUUAUAAAAACUCAAGAAGAAGCACCAACUGAAGCUCCUCAUAAUGUUCAAGUUCAUACUGGAAACGUUGGUGAAUUAAUCGUGACGUGGCAAAUUCCACAAAAGCUUUCAUGGAAUGGAGAACUGUUGGGCUACACCGUAAAUUAUACGGAAGAACGUCAAAACAUAAAUUACAUCAGUAGCCCAAAUAGAACUGUUAGUAAGACAAUAACCGUUCAUGGAUGGGCAACCACGAAAUCGAUUCUCGUCGGGUUACGGAAAUUCUCGAAGUAUUCAAUUCGAAUACGAGCUUUUAAUAGCAUUGCUUCUGGGCCUUGGUCCACAGCUGUCAUGGGUACGACACUAGAAGGAGUUCCCGAAGCCGCCCCUCAAUACCUCAAUUGCACGUCUUUGUCAUCACAGAGUAUCAAAGUUUCAUGGCAAGAGCCACUACUCCAAUUUCAUGGUGGAAUUAUUCAAGGCUACAAAGUCCUUUAUCGACCACUGGUCAAACAACAUGAUUUCACCGCAAGUGAAGUGAAGCGAACCUCGAACAUGGAAACUUAUUUACAUGGAUUAUUGAAAGCUACCAAUUAUUCAGUUCGUGUUUUGGCCUUCACAUCAACUGGCGAUGGAUUACACAGCAUUCCGGUUUAUUGUUCGACUGAUGAAGAUGUUCCUGAAGCUCCAGCGAAUAUUAAAGCUUCCGCAUUGACAGGCGAAUCAAUUCUUGUAUCUUGGUUGCCACCAGUUCAACGGAAUGGUUUGAUUACUCAUUACACGGUUUACAGCAAAGAUUCUGGCCGGAAAGGACAAACAAGAAGCAAUAUGGUGCGCGUUGAUGAACAAGGAUAUCCGGUUACCUUUGUGGCUCACAACCUAGUUGAAAAUCAGAAAUAUGAUUUUUGGGUGACAGCAUCAACAUCGGUUGGUGAAGGUGAACCAACAUCCCUUGUAACACAAUCAACGAAUUCAAGAGCGCCAGCAAGAAUUGCUUCGUUUUCACAGAAAAUCAAAGUGCCCGUAGGGACGAGCUUAAUUUUGGAAUGUUUGGCUGUUGGAUUACCUACACCUCGAGCUCGAUGGUUUACAAGAGAUCGUCCAGUCACAUUUAGUUCAUUUUAUGAAGUUAUAGACAAAGGUCAUUUGAAAAUACAUAGCGUUGAGCCGAGCUUAUCGGGAAAUUACACUUGUUCAGCUAUGAAUAUUUACGGUGAAGAUGAAAUUUAUUAUACAGUUCUUGCUCUUAAGCCUCCCAAUGCUCCUUUAUUGAACGUUCAAUUUGCAACUAGUGAUAGUAUAAAAUUGAAGUGGGAGGCAACCGAAAAUGGUGGCGUUUCUAUUCUUGGAUAUAUAAUCUCGUAUCGAGUAACUGGAGAAACUUGGAGUCGCAUUGAACUCACCCCAGAUCAAACAAGUUACACAUUAAGUGGCUUGAAGUGUGGGACGCAAUAUAUUCUAAAGAUUUCAGCUCAUAACAAAGUGGGUGAUGGGCAGGCUUCUGAUGAAAUAAAUGUAUGGACAAAAGGAAAAACACCCCAAGCGCCGGAGGAGAAAGACUUCCUGAAAGUUAACACCACUUGCCUCAACAUGCUUUUAUCAUCGUGGAACAAUGGUGGAUGCCCAAUAUCACACUUCUCCAUUGAAUAUCGUUCCCUGGGUGAUAUUCGUUGGACUGUUGUCUCGUCUGAUUUUUCUUCAAGCUCUGAGGCUAAUAAAGAUAAUCUUGUGUUUUGUGAUUUUAAAAGCGCAAGUUGGUACCAGCUGAAAAUAUCAGCAAAAAAUGAAGCCGGAAAGACUUCAAUUCAAUAUAAUUUUGCAACGACAACUUUGACCGGAGAACCAAUUCCCAUGCCGGAAUAUUUUCCUGCUGAGAAUGAGAUUGAAUAUGCCCUCGUCGAGGGAAAUGACUGGAUGCUUUUGGCUAUCUCUAUCAUUUUAUCUUGCUGCUUUUGUGUAAUAAUUAUUAUCCUUCGAUAUAAAGGGACAUUAUGCUCAACAACAUCAACUGAGCAUUAUGAGUCUCAUACGAUAGCUAAUGAUGUGAAAGAUGAUCCAAAUUGUCGAAGGAAUCAACAAGUGUACUCAGCAUCGCCAGUUAAAAUCAUCGAUAAAGACAACGAUUCUGAAAUGUAUGAGAUUUCGCCUUAUGCGACAUUCUCAGUCACUGGUGGUCGUACAGUGGUUCAAAGUCAUUCGAAAACACCAAGUAGAAGCGUUCAUACACCAUCAUCGAUGGAUUACACAAUGCAAUUUAAAACUUUUGGACACCCUGAGGGUGAUUUAAACGCUACAGCUUAUCCGAUUCUCCCAAACAGUGGCUUUGGUCACGUGAAGGGUAAAUCAUCAUGGCACAAGCAGCGAUACUAUAAUACUGAUGACGAAUCUACACUCAGUAAAUCAAUGACUGUUGUGGCUAGCAGCGCUCGUUUACGUAAUGCUCGUGAAAGUCUACCGAGUCAAGAGACAAGACUGAUAUCACGCGGUGCCAGUCGAGUUACUAAAGGACGUCAUGAUAAUGAAGCCUCUGAAUCAGACACCAGCAUAAGUCCUACCAACGAGUUUAGUAAUGCUCCGACUUAUCGUAUCCCUGUAAAGCAUCAACGUGAUAUAUUUCGACCGGAUUCUAGCACAGAAUCUAAUAAUGAUCAAUCACCGAUUAGAGAUCGAAGAAGCAACACCCCAAGACACAUUGGAGUGCCAGAGAAACGAAGUCGUGGCAGGGAUUCCAAUAAUUCACGUUCAAUGGAUAUGCUUCAAAGCAACAACAGUUCGGAAAGUGAUGUUAAUCUUGACGAAGGUUUAAAAUUUCGUCCACCAAAUGGCUUUACUGACUCAGGUGAGUUUAGUGAAGCUGAAUGUGAUCGAGAUUUGGCAUUGGAUUUGGAAGUUCAGCAAACAUUAGAAAAUAAAAUGACAGCAAAGACUCAGCAGGGAGAUAUAACAUCACUUUUAGCGAGGUAUCAUGAAAAGAAGGAAGAGGAACGUCAAGAGUACACAAUUCACGUAUGAAAUUACAAAGCUUUUCCAUCGAUAAAAGUCAUCUCAAUAUCUCAAUGUGGAAGUGGUAGAUAUGUUGUCGAGGAAACGCCAAUAUUUCACCAUUAUGCUUUCUUUAUCCAUGAUUUUUUAUGAAAGACAGAAAAUGUUAUAGAAAUUGAAAGGUUGCGACGGUGAAUGCUUGAGAUCUAAACGCAGAUAUCCCAACAUUACGCAAUCCAAUUUAAAUAUAAACAAGUUAUUUCUUGGAGAUGGAAGAAAAAGCGCAGCCUAUGCGAUGUCAAAUAAUAAAAAUAAUAUCUUAUAAAAAUAAUCCGAAAAUAAUGUGAAAUGUAAUAUUUUUAUGGAAAUGUGGUGGCGAAAGGCUGAAAUGGAUUUUUUUUUUGUGUCGUAAGUCAAAAGUCA